GUUAUUAAUUGGAUGCUACUUAGUUAUUAUUACGAUGAUAAAUAUUAAUAAAAAAUUUGUAACUCAAGGUGUCUCAAACACGUUUGGACUAUAUCCGUGUGUUAUGUUGGCGAGUCAAAUAAUCAUUAAACGCCGAUACGCGUAAUUUUAACUGUCGAAUGGUAAUGAUUAUGGCGAUGAUAGUCAGUAGGGACAAAAAAGGGCAACUGGUAUACGAAUCGACUCGCGAGUAGCAUAAUUAUUGUUGAUAAAAUAGUUCGUUCGAAUCUGUCUAAGAACUUGUUGCUAUAAUAAUUUGUUUCUAAAAUUAUCGACAAUUUCGCUAUGUGUUAAAGUGCACGUGUAAAGCUCAGUCUCGUCCGCGCGAAGUUCAAUUGAGUAAUAAUAAAGAGUAUAGUUUGCGAUAAUAAAUCUUGUUUUUUAAUAGAUAUAGGAAAAAAGUGACGGUUUUUUGUUUUUUCUUAUCUUUAUCUAUUCGAGUGCCAACACUGGCGACUGAAUAAUUCGUCAAGUGCCUUGCCGCCAUUUCAGCUUAACGCCAAAUGAACCAGUGAGUGCGUGUAAGUGUGUAUGCAAAAGCUCCCCAAGUACGCUGAGCGAUCAUGUUGGCGGACGCUGCUGAAUUCGCCAUGGUCUCCGUCGGUAUGUUCCUGUCCAGCACUGCGGUGGCCAUUGUACUGGUAGUUGGGGCGUAUGCUGUAUACGGCCACCGACGUCAAAGAAUUAAUUUACCACACAUUAAUCAUCGUGAAAUUCUCAACAAAAAAUUGAAGUUAAAAGUGGCGUCCCACGAAAAAAACGAUGACCAUGAAACUUUUUUUGAAGUUCGUGAAUAUUUGGAACGAUUAGUUGAAGGGCUAGUGGAUGGUGGUCUUGAUGAUGUAUGUCUUACGCCACUGUCUACUCAUCCGGAUUACAUGUCAAUUUGUUGGAAGUAUCACGAAAAGUUGGCCACCAUAUUAAAUGAUGCUAUACACUCAAUCAUUAAAGAAACAGACGAAUUUGAGAAUAUACCUAAAAGAUUAAAAUCAAUUUUGGAUGAGUUGUACAGUGAAGUUGAAGCGUUGCCCGAACUACAGUCUGCUCAAAAAAAAUGCGUUGUCCCAUUAGCAGAAGAUCUAGAAGAAAAAGACUAUGAAGAUUUACUGGCCACAGCUAUACUAAACAAGAUUGUUUCUAAUAGUCAGACUAAGAAACGUAUUCCUAAUGGAAAUAGUAGAUUCGGCAAAUUUUCAUCGAGAAAUUCGGCCUCCAGUUUAAACUCUUCUAGUUCAAAGAAAACAGAUAACUCAAGAUGUAAAAUUAUCCCAGAGCGGAUCUCCUUUACCGUUGAAGAACGUGUAGAAGAAGUAACCACUACAAGUUACAACACUUAUUCGGAUGUUGAAGCAGACUAUGAUGAUGGAUAUAAUGAGGGAGAUGAAGAAGACGAAGAAAGGUCUCAAUCGACACUUGGAUUAUUUAUGUCAAACGCAAAAUUAUUAAGAGGGUACAAAACUCCUCUACCUGAUUUUGAAUCUGACAUAGUAACUGAUGGUAAAAACUAUUUAGAUGAUCAUGGAAUUAGUUCGACAGUGGAUUCUUGGGAAGACAAUUGGCUAUUUCAAAAGAAAAAACAGAACCGAAAUGUUAAUGGCUCAAAUAAUUUCCAUCAUCACCCUGUACCAGUACCGAUGUUAGUACCUAACCCAUGUGAAGACACGAAGCCAUUAAUAGGCGAUCGUGAUGCCGAUGAAACAUCCGAACUAUCAGACUAUUCUAAUUCAGCGUUAGAUGAACUUUUGGAUUUGUCUGAUAGCCAAGAAUCAGAAACAACUAAACCUACUGUGUUAGACAAAAAGAUGAUUCGAUUGAUGUUUGACAGUCCAAGUAGUGAGGAGGAUAAUCCAUUAAAUUGGGAUCCAGUAUUAGAGGCUUGCAAUAAACACGUGACUCUUACUCAAAUUGAUUCAGGACAAGGAUCAUUAGAUCUACAAAAAGAAAAUGAGCAAACAGUUGAAAUUGUCAAUAUUAUUGAAAAACCUGUGCCAAGGCCUAGAUCUAGUUUAAGUUCAAAUGUUAUGAAUGAAACUGUCCCAAAUAUGGAAACAGAAGAAAGAAUAACAGAAGACUCAAUGCCACCUAGACCAGGUACAAUAGCAGAAAGAGAACAUUUAAAGUGGGAGAAAGCCUUGCCUCUAAUAAACAAUCCGUAUUCUGCUGAAAAUAUUGAAAAGAGAAAAUAUAAAUCCAAAUUUGGAAGUAUGAGUAGUAGCGACUCAUCUUUAGAUUUGUCGAAUUCAAACGAUUCGCCUAAACCACUGAAAAUUGUUUGUAGUCCUAAGUUACCAGACAGCGAGCGUUAUGGCCGAGAUUAUUAUAUAAAUAGUUCAGAAAAUAACACCUCAAAUGCAAAACAGACUAAAGUGUCGAAAUUGGUUGUCCAUCUCGAAGACAACGAUCAACAACGAAAACAGCAAGCGAUUCUAAACAAUGAAAGGUGUCAAGAAGUGGUUAAGGUAUGCUCUUGGUCGGAUAGACAAACUAGCCCAUUACAAAGUCCAGCAAAAGAAACUAGCGGUGAAAAUGGGAUCCACAUGCCAUCCGUUAAGGAAUUAGCUAAACAUUUUUCAUCUAAUAUAGCUGAGAACAAAAGUACAUCUUCAUUUAAACAAGUACACAGUUUGACUGCCAGAAGCAUUGGACGACAAUUUAGAGAAGGAUUAGGUUUAAAAGUUCGCGAAAGAAACGAUCAUAACAAACAGGACUCGGAUGAUAGUGGAAACGGUUCAACUCAUUUGGAAGAUACAAAUAUCACUUUAUGAAAUAUUAUUAAAACGACUCUGAUUACUGUUAUUUAUUGCAUGAUUUUUUUAUUUAUAAUGAAAAAAAUAUAGGUAUGAUUUGUAAUAUUUAGUUGUUAUGUUAUUGAUGUAGUUACGAACAAUUAUCUAUUUGUAUUGUUAAAUUGUAAUUAAGUUAAUUUUACUUUUAUCUAUUAAAUAUCUUGUUAAUUUGUUUUUUAAAAAGUAAACUAAUAAAAAAGUUUUUAAUUUUUA